GUUUAUUUUAUAAAAUAAAUAAAUUAUAUUUAUAAUAUUUUAGAUGUAACCAGACUAAAUUUUGAUGGAGUGUCUUACUUAUCUUCUAGGAUUUUCACUUUUGGUGCAAAUUAUUGCAAAAGAUAUAUUUCUAAACCAAGAUAUUUCCUUAAGUAAAAAGGCAGCCACAAAAUUUUUAGUUCGUCGCAAGAGGGACUGGUGGACGUCAGCUAAUGAAGAAUGUAGAGAGGGCUGUUCUUGGGAAGAAUGUGAGGAGAAUUCGUCAUCUAGAGAGGGAGGCAGAGAAAUCAUGAAAAAAUACAAAUGCAGAUCGUAUUCCUGUUCUUCAGGAUGUACAAAUACCAAUUCUAACUACGGACAUAUAAAUUAUCUAACUGUUGGAUGUAUCGUUCAUGGAGGAUGGUCUUCUUGGGGAAGUUGGUCUUCUUGUACAAAAUCUUGUGGAAGUGGAACCAGGUAUCAUACACGAUCGUGUAACAAUCCUAGUCGCAAAAAUGGUGGAAAUUACUGCUCGGGUAGCAGUUCGUAUUACGCCUCCUGCAAUACACAGGGAUGUCCAAUUAAUGGAGGUUGGUCGUCAUGGGGAAGUUAUGGAUCUUGUUCUAAAGAUUGUGGAACUGGCUAUAAAUAUAGCUACAGAUACUGUAAUAAUCCAUCACCAGCUAAUGGCGGGGCGUCUUGUUUGGGUAGUACUGUGACAAGUAGUGCCUGUAACACUCAGGCAUGUCCAGUGAAUGGAGUAUGGAGUGAAUGGUCAAAGUUUAGCGCUUGUCCAGUGACUUGCGGAGGCGGUACCAACACCCGGACCAGAGCAUGUGACAAUCCUGCUCCUGCUCACGGAGGAAACGGUUGUGAUGGUAUAACCAGCGAUAGUGGAGUAUGUAAUACUCUAGCCUGUCCAAAUUAUUGCGGGACUGGUCCCUGUCAAAAUGGAGCAACUUGUGCGAAUAUUCACUAUGGUUACCAAUGCUCCUGUUUAAUAGGAUUCGAAGGCACUAAUUGUGAAACAAAUAUAGAUGAUUGUGUCUCUGUGGAUUGUCGACACGGCGGAAAGUGUAUAGAUGAGGUGAAUGCUUACAGUUGUGAAUGUAUUCCCGGAUACUCUGGCCUUCAUUGUGAACAAGAUAUUGAUGAAUGUGCGUCCGGACCCUGUGAUAAUGAGGGUAGCUGUACUGAUAAGGUGAAUGGAUACACCUGCACAUGUGCUCCAGGUUAUAAUGGAGUUCACUGUGAAAUAAAUAUCAAUGAAUGUGCAUCUGGACCAUGUGAACACGGAGGUAGCUGCACAGAUAAUGUGAAUGGAUACACAUGUGCAUGUGUUCCUGGAUAUGACGGAGUUCAUUGUGAAAUAAAUAUCAAUGAAUGUGCAUCUGGACCAUGUGAAAACGGAGGUAGCUGUACAGAUAAUGUGAAUGGAUACACAUGUUCAUGUGUUCCCGGAUAUGACGGAGUUCAUUGUGAGAUAAAUAUAGACGAAUGUGCUCCAAAGCCAUGUCAGAAUGGAGGUGCAUGUACUGAUGGAAUAAACGCAUACACCUGCACAUGUGCUGAUGGAUACACAGACAAUAACUGUCAAACAAAUAUUGAUGAAUGUGCGUCCGCACCCUGUGAUAAUGAGGGUAGCUGUACUGAUAAAGUGAAUGGAUACACCUGCACAUGUGCUCCAGGGUAUAAUGGAGUUCACUGUGAAAUAAAUAUCAAUGAAUGUGCAUCAGGACCAUGUGAGCACGGAGGUAGCUGUACAGAUAAUGUGAAUGGAUACACAUGUGCAUGUGUUCCUGGAUAUGACGGAGUUCAUUGUGAAAUAAAUAUCAAUGAAUGUGCAUCUGGACCAUGUGAAAACGGAGGUAGCUGUACAGAUAAUGUGAAUGGAUACACAUGUUCAUGUGUUCCCGGAUAUGACGGAGUUCAUUGUGAAAUAAAUAUUGAUGAAUGUGCGUCCGGACCCUGUGAUAAUGAGGGUAGCUGUACUGAUAAAGUGAAUGGAUACACCUGCACAUGUGCUCCAGGGUAUAAUGGAGUUCACUGUGAAAUAAAUAUCAAUGAAUGUGCAUCAGGACCAUGUGAGCACGGAGGUAGCUGUACAGAUAAUGUGAAUGAAUACACAUGUGCAUGUGUUCCUGGAUAUGACGGAGUUCAUUGUGAAAUAAAUAUCAAUGAAUGUGCAUCUGGACCAUGUGAAAACGGAGGUAGCUGUACAGAUAAUGUGAAUGGAUACACAUGUUCAUGUGUUCCCGGAUAUGACGGAGUUCAUUGUGAAAUAAAUAUCAAUGAAUGUGCAUCUGGACCAUGUGAAAACGGAGGUAGCUGUACAGAUAAUGUGAAUGGAUACACAUGUUCAUGUGUUCCCGGAUAUGACGGAGUUCAUUGUGAAAUAAAUAUUGAUGAAUGUGCGUCCGGACCCUGUGAUAAUGAGGGUAGCUGUACUGAUAAAGUGAAUGGAUACACCUGCACAUGUGCUCCAGGGUAUAAUGGAGUUCACUGUGAAAUAAAUAUCAAUGAAUGUGCAUCAGGACCAUGUGAGCACGGAGGUAGCUGUACAGAUAAUGUGAAUGGAUACACAUGUGCAUGUGUUCCUGGAUAUGACGGAGUUCAUUGUGAAAUAAAUAUCAAUGAAUGUGCAUCUGGACCAUGUGAAAACGGAGGUAGCUGUACAGAUAAUGUGAAUGGAUACACAUGUUCAUGUGUUCCCGGAUAUGACGGAGUUCAUUGUGAAAUAAAUAUUGAUGAAUGUGCGUCCGGACCCUGUGAUAAUGAGGGUAGCUGUACUGAUAAAGUGAAUGGAUACACCUGCACAUGUGCUCCAGGGUAUAAUGGAGUUCACUGUGAAAUAAAUAUCAAUGAAUGUGCAUCAGGACCAUGUGAGCACGGAGGUAGCUGUACAGAUAAUGUGAAUGGAUACACAUGUGCAUGUGUUCCUGGAUAUGACGGAGUUCAUUGUGAAAUAAAUAUCAAUGAAUGUGCAUCUGGACCAUGUGAAAACGGAGGUAGCUGUACAGAUAAUGUGAAUGGAUACACAUGUUCAUGUGUUCCCGGAUAUGACGGAGUUCAUUGUGAAAUAAAUAUUGAUGAAUGUGCGUCCGGACCCUGUGAUAAUGAGGGUAGCUGUACUGAUAAAGUGAAUGGAUACACCUGCACAUGUGCUCCAGGGUAUAAUGGAGUUCACUGUGAAAUAAAUAUCAAUGAAUGUGCAUCAGGACCAUGUGAGCACGGAGGUAGCUGUACAGAUAAUGUGAAUGGAUACACAUGUGCAUGUGUUCCUGGAUAUGACGGAGUUCAUUGUGAAAUAAAUAUCAAUGAAUGUGCAUCUGGACCAUGUGAAAACGGAGGUAGCUGUACAGAUAAUGUGAAUGGAUACACAUGUUCAUGUGUUCCCGGAUAUGACGGAGUUCAUUGUGAAAUAAAUAUUGAUGAAUGUGCGUCCGGACCCUGUGAUAAUGAGGGUAGCUGUACUGAUAAAGUGAAUGGAUACACCUGCACAUGUGCUCCAGGGUAUAAUGGAGUUCACUGUGAAAUAAAUAUCAAUGAAUGUGCAUCAGGACCAUGUGAGCACGGAGGUAGCUGUACAGAUAAUGUGAAUGGAUACACAUGUGCAUGUGUUCCUGGAUAUGACGGAGUUCAUUGUGAAAUAAAUAUCAAUGAAUGUGCAUCUGGACCAUGUGAAAACGGAGGUAGCUGUACAGAUAAUGUGAAUGGAUACACAUGUUCAUGUGUUCCCGGAUAUGACGGAGUUCAUUGUGAAAUAAAUAUUGAUGAAUGUGCGUCCGGACCCUGUGAUAAUGAGGGUAGCUGUACUGAUAAAGUGAAUGGAUACACCUGCACAUGUGCUCCAGGGUAUAAUGGAGUUCACUGUGAAAUAAAUAUCAAUGAAUGUGCAUCAGGACCAUGUGAGCACGGAGGUAGCUGUACAGAUAAUGUGAAUGGAUACACAUGUGCAUGUGUUCCUGGAUAUGACGGAGUUCAUUGUGAAAUAAAUAUCAAUGAAUGUGCAUCUGGACCAUGUGAAAACGGAGGUAGCUGUACAGAUAAUGUGAAUGGAUACACAUGUUCAUGUGUUCCCGGAUAUGACGGAGUUCAUUGUGAAAUAAAUAUUGAUGAAUGUGCGUCCGGACCCUGUGAUAAUGAGGGUAGCUGUACUGAUAAAGUGAAUGGAUACACCUGCACAUGUGCUCCAGGGUAUAAUGGAGUUCACUGUGAAAUAAAUAUCAAUGAAUGUGCAUCAGGACCAUGUGAGCACGGAGGUAGCUGUACAGAUAAUGUGAAUGGAUACACAUGUGCAUGUGUUCCUGGAUAUGACGGAGUUCAUUGUGAAAUAAAUAUCAAUGAAUGUGCAUCUGGACCAUGUGAAAACGGAGGUAGCUGUACAGAUAAUGUGAAUGGAUACACAUGUUCAUGUGUUCCCGGAUAUGACGGAGUUCAUUGUGAAAUAAAUAUUGAUGAAUGUGCGUCCGGACCCUGUGAUAAUGAGGGUAGCUGUACUGAUAAAGUGAAUGGAUACACCUGCACAUGUGCUCCAGGGUAUAAUGGAGUUCACUGUGAAAUAAAUAUCAAUGAAUGUGCAUCAGGACCAUGUGAGCACGGAGGUAGCUGUACAGAUAAUGUGAAUGGAUACACAUGUGCAUGUGUUCCUGGAUAUGACGGAGUUCAUUGUGAAAUAAAUAUCAAUGAAUGUGCAUCUGGACCAUGUGAGCACGGAGGUAGCUGUACAGAUAAUGUGAAUGGAUACACAUGUUUAUGUGUUCUCGGAUAUGACGGAGUUCAUUGUGAAAUAAAUAUUGAUGAAUGUGGGUCCGGACCCUGUGAUAAUGAGGGUAGCUGUACUGAUAAAGUGAAUGGAUACACCUGCACAUGUGCUCCAGGUUAUAAUGGAGUUCACUGUGAAAUAGACAUUGACGAGUGUGCACCCAUUCCCUGUAAAAAUGGAGGGAGCUGUACAGAUGGAGUUAAUGAAUAUAGUUGCUCAUGUGUUCCCGGAUAUGACGGGAGUGACUGUGAAAUAAAUAUUAACGAGUGUGAAUCCGAUCCUUGCAAUAAUGGAGGUACAUGUAAUGAUGAAGUUAAUGGGUACAGUUGUGAAUGUGCCCCAGGAUAUACGGACGAUACCUGCAAAACAGAUAUUGACGAAUGUGCAACUUCACCAUGUGAGAACGAUGGUAGCUGUGAAGACAGAGUAAAUGGAUACCAUUGUUCAUGUGCUGGUGACUUUUAUGGAGAUAACUGUCAAAACCAUGAUGGUGGAUGGACUAUAUGGGGUGAUUUUUCGGAAUGUUCGACAACAUGUGGUAGUGGUAUACAGAUUUCAACAAGAGAUUGUUCAAGCCCAGAACCAAUUGGCGGUGGUAAAAACUGUCAAGGAGAACAAAGCAAGACUCAAACCUGCUCUAAUAAAGUAGAAUGUACAGAUUCUCCUUUUAUCAACUCAGACUUCUGCAGUGGUAAAGUUGACGGCUUCUAUUCCAACCAACUGACGUGUGAUGCGUAUUAUGUCUGCCACAAUGGUAUUACAUCUCCAAUGUUCUGUGAUCAUGGUUUACACUGGGAUCAGACAAAUAAAGUAUGCAACAACCCAGACAACGCUGGUUGUACUGUAAAUGAACAAAGCGAUGAUGCAAGAUCUGGAUAUACAUCUGAUAUGUGCACUGCAAAGAACGAUGGUGAUUUUGUUGCUGAUCCAUAUGACUGUUCAAUAUAUUAUCGCUGUGUUCAUGGAGCCGCUGUUGAAUUGAAUUGUGCUGCAGGACUGCAUUGGUCUGUUACUCUUUCAACAUGUGCUUACCCAGCAGACGCUAACUGUACCCCAAUGUCAGUUGAUGGUGGAUGGACUGAUUGGAGUUGGGGUGAAUGUUCUGUGUCAUGUGGAAGUGGGACACAAACAGGAAGCAGAUCAUGUACAAACCCAGCACCACUGUAUGGGGGCAAUGAAUGUGAUGGGGACCUAACAAAAGUUCAGGACUGUAAUUCUUACCUCUGUCAAGAUGGCCAAUGCUUGACUAUGAGAUGUGAUAGCUGGCAGUAUGCGCGACAAGAAUGUGAUGUAACAGGCUUGACAUCUAAUAGUUUAUUGUACAGCAUGACGCUCUUAAAACAGUACUCCCCUAUUUCGGACGGUGAAUGCACAAACGGUUAUUCAUUUGGGUACAACACCACUGGAGUUUGGGUAGAUGAAGGAUGUAGAGCAGAUUUCACUGUGUGCUUUAUACCAGAGUAUAAUGACUGUGGUUCUGAUCCAUGCCAGAAUGGGGCCUCCUGUGAGGAUGGACCUGGAACCUAUAUGUGUACAUGUGUAGGAUACUUUAGUGGAAGGGAUUGUGAAUAUCGAAUUGAAUGUCCUGAACCAGAAGAUGUCGGAAAUGCUACAAUGAACUUAACUGGUAUUUCUCCAACUGAUACCGUUAGUUACACUUGUAAUGAGUAUUACAAACAUAAAGACGGGGAUAUGUACAGGGUUUGUCAAAUCAAUGGAGAAUGGAAUGGAACACUUCCAUCAUGCGAGAUAAUUGAUUGCGGCAGACCCGAAGAACAUUCCACAACGACAUUGCAAUUGUUCGAAACAGGUCUAGGACAGAUCGCAACCUACGUCUGCAAAGAAGAGUCACCCAUCCUCAUGUCAGGCAAUCUGACAAGGACAUGUCAAAUGAUUGGUGAAUGGGACGGUCAGACACCUGAAUGUAUGAUGCAUCCAGGUGCACUCCAGUCAAAGGCGUCCAGUUUUAAUUUCUCCUGGAUAAUGCUGAACACUAUCAUUUUAAUAGGAGUGGCUAUGCAAAUUGCAAUUUAACAGGACGGUGAUAUGAUGAGUGUGCAUUUACGAUAUCAACUGCGACAAUAUGGAACAACAACCCUUGAUUGAUUAUACAUUGUAUUUUAAACCUUAAUUUACUAAUAACAAAAUUAAAAUCGAUCAUUCAUUUACGUUCUACUAACUAUUAAAAUAUUAUCCAAUAGUUCUUUUGUGUUACAUGUUUUACAGGUUUAUUUAUUAUAAUUAUUUUUACAUUGAUGUGACAUUUUAGAUUUAUAUCAUUGUAAACUGCAUAUGCAUAUAUAUAAUAAUUAACUUAUAUGGUAAAUGGUGGUAACAGAUCAUAUUUGCAAAUAACACUGUUUGACAAGAUUCUUCUUCUUAAACAUAAAUAUGAACAUUAAAACAUUACUAAGAUACUGAUUCUCUUUAUUUUAAGAAGGAUAAUUGCUUUGAUAAACAAGUGUUUUUUUCUCAUGCUGAAAGUCUUGGAAGAACCAAUAAUUCUCUUAUUCGCGUCAUUUGUUAUUCUAUUUUGUAUCUUUGUCUUUGAUAAAUGCAUUUUAGAUUUUGUUAUAUGUAUAGACCAAUAAAAUAUUUGUACUCACA